AUGGACUCACGACACGUACGAUCAAUCGAGCAACAACUACUUAAGGUAGCAAUACGAUCGAAGGCUAAGCCGCAAGACAAGUACGGAUUGGUAGAUCAAAGGUGUGGUAUACAGGGUAAAAUGCUGGUGUUAUUCGAAACCGCGGCGGGUUAUGCCAUGUUUAAACUGCUAAGCGACAAGAAAUUAAAAAAUGUUGAUAAUAUAUACGAAGAAUUUAGCACGGCAGAAAAAGCACAAGAAAGUUUGCAAUUGGUGGCAUUUAAAAAGUUCAAAAGCACAACGGAAGCCGUGGAAAGUGCGUGUGCAUUACAUGAAGGAAAAAUCAACAAAACAUUGAAGAAGUUGCUAAAAGGAAAAGUUAAUGAAAAUGAACAACUUGCUGUGGGCGACGCCAAAUUGGGAAACUUGAUCAAGGUCUGCUUUGUUAUUGUUGCGUUUUUAUAUGUAUUUUUUCUAUUUUACCUUCCCGAACAGCAAUCGAAGCAAGCAUUUUGUUCAUUGAAAAUAACAACCCCCCAUUUCCUGGCUUAA